AUGGAUAAGCAUUUGAAGACCCUUGCUUCAAAGCAUGUUGAUACCAAGUUCAUCAAGCUGAAUGCAGAGAAUGCGCCGUUCUUCGUCACCAAGUUAGGAGUCAAAACUUUGCCUUGUGUCAUAAUCCUAAGGCGAGGUGUAGAUGCAAGGCAUUUUGGGUCUUGUAAGGUGAGGCGCAAGCCUUUUGAGACAUGA